UGUUGAAUCGAACAACUGUUUAUUCACUCGAAAACCUGAAAUAUCGAUAACAAAUAAAUGGCUUAAGUACUUUUAAUCCUUCGCAGAGAUAAGAAAAAAACAUGAAUGCAUUAUAUAUCUACGUCAUGUUCUUACUGGCAAUGUUGUCAUCUGAAGGUAUGGCAAAGAAAAGAAAACCCAACAAUCGGCCGACGAUUGGUGUGCUUACUCAGAAAGUUCAUUCCGCGUUUUCUCCUCAAGUUAAGAAAUCUGAAGGUUAUAUUGCGGCUUCGUAUGUCAAAUAUCUGGAGAUGGCUGGUGCUCAGGUCGUGCCUAUCUUGGCUACAAUGAAGCCCAAAGCGGUACGUAAGUUAGUUCGAUCUAUUAAUGGUGCUCUUUUUCCUGGAGGAGCGGCGCCUUUAGACGACUCACCAUUUUACGAAACUGCAUCAGUUAUCUACCACGAAGCUAAAAAGUUGAACGACAAAGGCGUUCACUUUCCGUUAUGGGGAACUUGCCUCGGUUUUGAAACUUUACAUAAUCUAGCCGCAGAAGAGAACAUUCUAAUGGAUGUUGUGGCUGAAAAUAUCUCCAUGGAGUUAAACUUCACUCAGCAUGCUUUCAGAAGUCGACUCUUUGAAGACAUGGACAAAAAGAUGAUGCAGGAUUUGAUGUUUGAGAAGAUUACGUUGAACAUGCACCAUUCUGGGAUAAGUCCUGAGCUUUAUGGAACAAAUCUGAAACUAAAUGCCAUGUACAGGGUUCUGUCAACAAAUUUUGACGAAAAGGGAGUUGAGUUUGUCUCCACUGUCGAAGGGAUAAAGUAUCCAUUCUAUGGAACGCAAUGGCAUCCAGAAAAGAAUUUAUUUGAAUGGACCACACGCGAGGCAAUUAAUCAUUCUCCCGAGGCUGUUGCUGUUGCUCAAUACCUCUCUAAUUUCUUCGUUAACGAAGCUCGCAAGAAUUUUCAGAAGUUUAAAUCUGUAAAAGAAGAAAUAAAGCAUUCAAUUUUCAAAUAUGCUCCUAUAUUUUCUGGUGGCACAUCUUUGUUUGAACAGGUGUAUGUGUUCGGUAAUGGAAGUGAAAUAAUCCAACAUUAAUUGGUUUUGAUCUAAAUGAAAAAUCUUCCACCUAAUAUGGCUCGGAUAGAUUUUUCUUAAUGCAUUUUCCUAAAGAUAGAUACUUUAUGAUAAUCAAUGAAAGAGUUUGCCUAGAAUAUUUAUUCGUACCCGAGAACAAAUAGACAACAAGAAUUUUUAGCACCUUUUUUAAACCACGAUAAAGAGGAAUACUAAAAC